AAAAGUAAUAGAAAUGGCGGAUGAUAAACAACAACAUGAUAGAAGAGUGUUUUCGUGUACAACAUGCGAUUUCACAGUUGAUUAUCAUUAUAAAGGUAGAAAACCUCCUUUUGCUAAUUGCAUAUUACUUCAUGAAGAGUGUUAUGUCCUGAAAGAUCCAUUCUCCACAUCGGGAGGCUUUGUGACUGUUGGAGGACUGUGUUCAAUGUGUAACAGAGACGUCUGUCUCUCAAAUGGGUGCAGCUUGUUUUAUACACAGAGGUUUUGUACAAACUGUUCAGUCAAACACAUUCAAGAGUUUCCUCAUGAACUUCAGCAGGAAAUUAUGCACAAGCUGAAAAGUUGACAGUGAAAUAUUUUGUGGGAGCUACUAAAGUUGAAGCUGUUAGAGAGAGAAGAAGCUUGGCUAUGCUCGAAUGUGCUCAUCAACAGCUGUAAAUGCAAGAAUUUGAGUGACCGAAAAUAUUAGUCUGUAUUUUAAUGGUCUAUUGCUUGUGUACUAUGACACCAGGAAUACAAUCCAAGCUGGAUAAACUGUUGAGAAUGAUCAUUAUCAUUCAUAAUCAAAAGUUGUGAUACUUUUUAAUAUUUGACAGAGAUCAUGUAACCUACUUCUUUAUGUCAUUGCAAGUGUUAUGUCCAAAUAGCAAUUUGUUUUCACAUCCUAGCUUUUUCUUGACAAACUGGUCCGAGUUUUUUAAAUUUAUAUUAUCUAUCUUUUUUUUAAAAUAUUGGUAUGUAUUUUAUAUAAAAGCCUUUUUUCUAUAUUUGAUAUUGUUUGUUCAAGUGUGGUAAAAUGAAAUCAGCACUUUCAGGAUUUUUCAAAUCCAAUUUUUCUGUGUGAAAAAGUUCCCCUUUUAGACCUUGCAAUCUCUAGGGCAGAUGAUGUUAAUGUCAUCUGUUUGUUUGGCCAAUGGUUAAGAAGAAGGGUGUAGUCAUUGUUAUAAUCUGCCAUUUAACUUGUCUUAUGUAUUAUGUAAUGCAAUGUAACACAAAUUUAAAAUGAUACCAUAUACCACUGUUUAUAAAAAUAAAUAUCAUUAUGCACGGUCAUAAGUUAGCCUGAAAUUUCUUAAAGUAAAAAUGUGUAUGAAAAAAUUGUAUAUCAAUUAAUAUUUGGUAGCUUCGAGCUUGUAAAUUUAUAAUCCAAAUCAAUAUCAGGGAUACUCCGAUACUAACAAAAUCAAGUCAUACUCGAAAGUAUAUAU